CUCGAAGCCCAGGAGUGAGCAGAGCCAGGCCAGCAUGGAGAGGAGACGCGUCACUUCAGCUGCUCGCCGCUCCUACAUCUCCUCUUUGGAGAUGGUGGGGGGCCUGGGUCCCGGCCGCCGCCUGGGUCCUGGCACACGUCUCUCCCUGGCUCGAAUGCCUCCUCCAUUCCCAGCCCGGGUGGACUUCUCCCUGGCUGGGGCGCUCAACACCGGCUUCAAGGAGACACGAGCCAGUGAGCGGGCUGAGAUGAUGGAGCUCAAUGACCGCUUUGCCAGCUACAUUGAGAAGGUGCGCUUCCUGGAACAGCAGAACAAGGCGCUGGCUGCUGAGCUGAACCAGCUGCGGUCCAAGGAGCCCACCAAGCUGGCUGACGUCUACCAGGCUGAGCUGCGUGAGCUACGACUGCGGCUCGAUCAACUCACAGCCAACAGUGCCCGGCUUGAGGUCGAGAGGGACAAUCUGGCACAGGACCUGGGCACCCUGAGGCAGAAGCUCCAGGAUGAAACCAACCUGAGGCUGGAGGCUGAGAACAACCUGGCAGCCUAUCGACAGGAGGCAGAUGAAGCCACCCUGGCCCGUCUGGAUCUAGAACGGAAGACUGAGUCUCUGGAAGAAGAAAUCCGGUUCUUGAGGAAGGUCCAUGAGGAGGAGGUGCGGGAGCUCCAGGAGCAGCUGGCCCGGCAGCAGGUCCAUGUGGAGCUGGAUGUAGCCAAGCCAGACCUCACAGCAGCCCUGAGAGAGAUCCGCACACAGUACGAGGCAGUGGCAUCCAGCAACAUGCAGGAGGCGGAGGAGUGGUACCGGUCCAAGUUUGCGGACCUGACAGACGCCGCUGCCCGCAACGCGGAGAUGCUCCGCCAGGCCAAGCACGAGGCCAACGACUACCGGCGCCAGCUGCAGUCCCUGACCUGCGACCUGGAGUCCUUGCGCGGCACGAACGAGUCCCUGGAAAGGCAGAUGCGGGAGCAGGAGGAGCGCCACGCGCGCGAGGCGGCCAGUUACCAGGAGGCGCUGGCCCGACUGGAGGAGGAGGGGCAGAGCCUCAAGGACGAGAUGGCCCGCCACCUGCAGGAGUACCAAGACCUGCUCAACGUCAAGCUGGCCCUGGACAUCGAGAUCGCCACCUACCGAAAGCUGCUGGAGGGCGAGGAGAACCGCAUCACCAUUCCUGUGCAGACCUUCUCCAACCUGCAGAUCCGAGGGGGCAAAAGCACCAAAGAAGGGGAAAGUCACAAGGUCACAAGACAUCUCAAAAGCCUCACAAUACAAGUUAUACCAAUACAGACUCACCAGAUUGUAAAUGGAGCCCCGCCGGCUCUCGAAACCAGCCUGGACACCAAGUCUGUGUCAGAAGGCCACCUCAAGAGGAACAUUGUGGUGAAGACUGUGGAGAUGAGGGAUGGAGAGGUCAUUAAGGAGUCCAAGCAGGAGCAUAAGGAUGUGAUGUGAGGUGGGACCCACCUGGUGAUCCCAACCCCGCAGCAUGAAGGCCCUGCAGCAGGAGAAGAGAUAGUUGCCACUCCUCUAAUAGCUAAUUUCCCCAGACCUGAGUUCUCACUCAUCCCGGCUGCUCCUCCUUCCAUUUCUGUGCCAGCUUGCUGCCCUAGGCUCUGUCCGCAUUAGGCCUGUCAGACAGCAACCCGCCCCCACCCCGCCCCAGCAACUCCAACUAACAGGACACUCACCCCAAGGGGCAGCCUGGGGGUGUGUGGCCAGCAGCUUGGGUUAGAAUUGGGAGGGAAGAGAAGUCGGGGAGGGAAGGGGGACCUAAUAAAUCACCCUCCGUAUCCCUAAUCCCUGUUGUCAUAGCAACUGUUGCAGAGCCGGAGGUCUCUGGGGGGGUGGUAUCUGGGAGCUGGGCCUCUGAGUUUCCUCAGGCUGCUGGAGGAAAACUGAGGCUCUGAGACAGGAAGGGGAAAUCCCCACGGGCCAGGCAGCCCUGGCCAGAGGCUUAUUCUCCUAGACUUACCCUGACCAGUCUGAGAGUGGGUGGGGACAUCCUGCCACUUGGAGUAGUCACCAGACAGAAUUCCUGGCCUGUCCGGAUCCCAGAGGGGCCUCCUGAAUGAUGUAUCAAGUCUCAGCCCCACUAAGCCGCCAUGUGGGCACCCUGUUGCCAUGUGGGCACGCUGUUGGCAUGUGGGAGCUUCAUUCUCAGCACUUGGGGGAUCUAUAGUGUAAGUGGAGAGGGAAGGGGUGCUGGGAGGGAGUAGAGGGGUCUGCCUGGCCCCUGGGUGUGGGUACAGAGAGGCCACGCCCAGGAGUACUGCCUGCAUACAGGCUGGAGGGAGGCAGGUAGAGUUGGUGGAGGAAGCAGUUGGGAUGAUGCCAGACAUCAGGGUUGGGGGGUGGGGUUGACCAAUUACACUUGGCCUCUGGGUCAUGCAAAUCAAGGAAGUGACCCUUCCUCUUGAAGGUGCUAAAACAGGAGAGGGGCUGCUGUCCACAGGGGCAGAGAACACUUCGUCCCAGUUCUGAAGGCCCCCUCCUUGCUGUGUAAUCCCUGUCCACCCAGGCCUCCUGGCCACAGCGGCUGCUGCCUCCCGAACCCAGCAAAUGCUGCUGGGUGACGCCACCACCGUACAUCCAACCCUCUCCAACCCACAGUGACCUGCUUUUCCCUAAGCCAAGGGCCCCUCUGGGCCCCUCUUACUGAAGUAUAAAAUGUACUCUCAUAUUUUAGGUAGCACCGUAUUUUAUGAUUCAGGAAAUCGAGGCACAAGCAGAGUGAAGACACUGGUUUGUGUUCCUAGAGCCUGGAGUCAGGGCAGUUCAAGGCAGGUGACUUUCACCCAGAGCAGCUGCUCUGCUUUCCACAGGAAGGCUAGGGGGCAGCACAGGGUCACCUGUGCCCAGAGGUAGGGCUGAAAGGGCCCACUCCAUGGUCCCCCUCUCCCCUCUAAGGCCAGAGGGAGAGAGAAGUGGAAGUCCCUCCCCCUUUCUAAGACUUGGUGCCCUUCCCCCCCCCCCCUCUUGCUACCCGCUGCUGCUAACCUCCAGGGCAC